AUGGCGACAAACUUUGACAUAAACGAUAUGACCGUUGAACAACUUAUGGCGCUUGGUGAGAUACUUGAUGACAGCGAUUAUGAGGAAAAUUUCGAGGAUGAAGUGGAGAAAAUCCGUGAUGACAAGUUCUACCGUGUUGCACCUAAGGAUAAGGGAGAAAACCCCCUCAUGGAAGAACAACUGUUCAUUGAUGAAGGCGAUCGCACUACGGAUCCCAAGAGACCAAGGAGACUCCCGCUCAACUACAAGGGUAAGAGAGGAAUAAUGCCAACAUGGAAAUAUUCCGAGAGACAGAAGGCAAAGGCCCUACUAGUUGAGGAGGCGUACCAGAGCCUACUAAGUAAAGGAGUUGAAGGCCUGCCACCAACAAUGGGAGGUAGAUGGAGAACGGAUGAUUCCCAGGAAAACGCGGAGAUGAAGAGGCUUGAAAACCUCAGGAAUUCCACGCGUCCUAGAGGUAGACCACCAAAGGUUAAGGCUGAUAGUGAAGCCAAGGUCCCCAAAAGGAGAGGUAGACCACCAAAGGCUAAGGUAGCUGAAACACUAAAUGUUAAGGUCCCCAAACCACCAAAGGCUAAGGUAAGUAAAACACCAGAAGCUAAGGUCCCCAAAAGAAGAGGUAGACCACCAAAGGCUAAGGUAGCUGAAACACCGAAACCUAAGACUAGAAAACAAACAGUCGCGGAGAGGUUCAUAAGUCAGAACCGAAUAAAACUCUCAGUUCCCGCGGAUAGCGUCAUAACUCAGGUGGGACCAAAUAAGUUCACGGUGACUGUGGACCUCAGCAAGAAACCAAUAAGGAAAGCUCCUGAGGUACCAAAGGGUGUGGCUCCAUGGAAACCUAGGGAAAGACCAGUUCCCAAACCAAGAACUGUAAUUCCUAGGGAAAGACCAGUUCCCAAACCAAGAACUGUAAUUCCUAGGGAAAGACCAGUUCCCAAGCCUAGGACUAAAAAGCCAGUGCCUCCUCCAAAGUUAAGGAAGCCUGUGAAGGUAACCAAGGAAGUUGGGGAACAGCCGGUGGUGGUCGCACCAGAGGAACAUGAAAUCGAUCCUUUUGGAACAUACCUCGAGAAGCCAUCCUAUAGGAAAAUAGAAACUGCCGCAAAUGGUGCCGCUGUGACUUAUUCCAUAACUCCAAAUUAUAUGGAUCCCCUAGACCAGAUGACCGCGAGUAGGCAGGUGGUGAGGGGAAUAUUAGUAAAUGAGCUGAAGAGAAUGGGAGGUCUGAAAUAUACGGAAACCAUUAAGGUAAGAAUGUCGAAGGAAAUCGGAAAUGAUAAAACAAAGAAGGAUUCAAUAUACUUCAAGUCAAAAACAGGAACCGCAACCAACUUCGAGGACAUUGAAAGCACUGCCGCCCAAAACCAACUGACAAUCUUAUCUAGAAUUGAAACCUUCCAGAACUUAGAUUCAAACUGGAUCAUACUAAAUAUUGAGAGCCAUUACGUUAAUAUUGCGAUGUAUAAGCCUCUAAAGGGUAGUUCAUAUAUGAAGUUACCCGCAGACAUCAGCAAUCCAAAAUGCGGCCUCAUAAAUAUGCAAAACAAUGACAAUAAAUGUUUUAUGUGGAGUCAUCUGAGACAUGUGAGCCCAAGGGCUAGAAGAGCAACCACCAUAACACGGCAGGAUAGAGAGUUCGCGAAAAACCUAGACUAUGAGGGAAUAGACUUCCCCGUGAAAAUAAGCGAUAUUGAUAAAAUUGAGAGGAAGAACUCCAUAAGCAUAUCAGUGUUUGGCUAUAAGGGUAAGAAGCAGUUCUAUCCAAUUAGAAACUCCAAAACAAAAUAUGACGAGCAUAUGGAGCUGCUGCUGUUGGGUGACAACGAUGGUGGUAACCACUACGUUCUAAUAAAGGAUGUAAACAGAAUGCUCUUCAGUGUUAGCGGAAACUCAAACAAGAAACACUUCUGCCUACACUGCCUUCACAGUUGCGUUAGUGAGGAGUCACUGGAAAAACAUCGUGAAACAUGCAUUGAGGUAAACGGAACCCAGGCCACAAAGCUUCCAAGUGAGGGUACAAAAAUAAAGUUCAAAAACCAUAGGAACUCAAUGCCCGCUCCAUUUGUUAUAUAUGCCGACUUUGAGUCUAUGUUAGUUCCUGAGGAGAGAAAAGUUGACUCUGGAGACACUGAGGACAAAAGUACUACGGAACUCUACCAGACCCACAAGGCUUGUAGUUUUGGGCUUAAAACAGUGUGCCACUAUGAUGAUCAGUACUCCGGUGAGUAUGUGAGCUAUGUUGGUGAAGACGCUACAGAAGUCUUUCUGAAGACAGUUCUGAAGGAGUCCAUUAAGUGCCGGGAGAUGGUAAAUAAAAUAUUCAAGAAAAAGAUGGAAAUCACACCAGAGCAAGAAGCUGAGUUCUGGAUGACAAGGAACUGCUCCAUAUGUGGCAACGACUUAGGUGAUGACAGAGUGAGAGACCACGACCACGUAACUGGACUGUACCGUGGAGCUGCCCAUAAUAUGUGCAACCUAAAAUAUAGAAUCACAUGGAAAGUUCCAGUGGUCUUCCACAACCUAAGAGGUUAUGAUAGCCAUCUAAUAAUGCAGGAAAUCGGUAAGUUUAAGAUGAACAUCAACGUGGUCCCAAAUAACAUGGAGAAAUACAUUUCCUUCUCAAUAGGUAAAAGUCUUGUGUUCAUUGACUCAAUACAAUUCAUGGCUUCUUCCCUGGAGGCACUUGUAAGUAACCUUUCACCUGAAGACUUCAAGAUAGUCGGUCAGCGGUGGCAAGGUGAGGACUUCAAUCUUGUGAGACAAAAAGGUAUAUUUCCAUAUGAAUACCUGGAUGACAUCAGCAAACUUGACACAAAAGAACUCCCAAGUAGAGACAAAUUCUACUCAUCCCUAUAUGAGUCUGAAGUGAAAGAAGAAGAUUACCAAAGAGCUCUAAAAGUUUGGAAUCACUUCAAGAUGAAGACAAUGAGAGACUACCAUGAUCUCUACUUGGAAACCGACGUUCUUCUUCUAGCAGAUGUUUUCGAGAACUUUAGAAAGACCUGCCUGGAAAACUAUAAGCUUGACCCUGCUCACUACAUCUCAGCACCAAGCUUAAGUUGGGACGCAUUCCUAAAACAGUCAGGUGAGGAAAUAGAAUUGGUAAGUGAUAUGGAUAUGUUCCAGUUCUUUGAGAAGGGAAUGAGAGGUGGGAUAAGUCACAUUGCCCACAGACACUCUACAGCAAAUAAUAAGUAUAUGGAAACGUACGACGAGACAUCUGAAAAUAAGUUCCUUAUGUACCUCGACGCCAACAAUUUAUAUUGCUGGGCAAUGUCUCAACCUCUACCUAACGGUGAAUUUGAGUGGGUUGAGGAAGUUGAUAAAAUAAACCUAGAUGAUUACCUUGAAGGUGGCGAAAGGAGUAUGGUCCUUGAGGUUGACAUGGAAUAUCCAGAAGAACUUCACGAUUUACAUAACGGUUAUCCUCUAGCCCCGGAGAGUAAGGAGAUCGAUGCGUCAAUGUUGUCAGAUUACGCAAAGAGUAUUGCUGAGAAAUUCCAGCUUACGAUUGGAGGAGUAAGAAAACUGGUGAACUCACUAGGUCCCAGGAAGAACUACGUCCUACAUGCCCGUAACUUGAAACUCUACAUGGAUCUCGGAAUGAAACUCCUAAACUCCUAAAUUAUAUCAUAAAUAUACCCGUUAAUUCUUAAACCUUACACCAAAGUGCAUCGAAUUCUAUAAUCGCUGACUUUUUAACAGCUAUAAGCACCAAAAAAGAUUAUUACUUUGGCUGAAUUAAGGUCGGCAAAACAUUGCCGACAUGGGAGGUUGAUAGGUCGGCAUUUUAAUACUGUAGGUCGGCAUUGCCGAAUGCAGAUCUCGUUUUCGAGGAUUGUUAAAUUAUAUAUUUUUUGACGAAAAUGACCUACCUGUUCAUCCAGCAGAAGACACCAAACUAAACACAACCAGGAGUUAUAUUCAAUCCAAUUCAGAUGAUUAAUUGGACUAAAGAACUUCACUAUUUUAAACACAUUAUAAACAUACAAGCAUGGCUUCCCAAUUGUGUGUUGAAUAAUUCAAACAAAUGUUGUCAUGUGAUUAUACCGGAAAUAAUGCCCGGAAGUUAAUAAUAUGUUAAUUUGAUUAUAUAUGAUAAACAAUAAUUCAAAAUUGUACGAUUUCACUAAGAAUUGUCGUGACAAAAAUUUAAUAAUUCUAUUGAAAUUCAACAAAUUGUAUUUUUCUGCUUUCCCCCCUUAAACAGUUUGAUUACAGAAGAUAAAUAAUUAAUAAGUAAUAGAACGAAUUAAAGUCGUACUAUUAAUGCCAUAAUCAUACUCGUGAUUAACAAAUCAACCUCCCGCUACGCGGUCGGUUGAUUUUGUAAUCACUCGUAUGAUUAUGGCAUUAAUAGCACUCCUAUUUGUUCUAUUACCAUCAUUAAUUGUACUGCAGUACAAUUAAUGAUUUUCCCAAAACAAACAAAAUAGCGGAAACGUAUUUUAAACACGAAUGUGAAAUGAAAUUGCGCUAGAAGGACUGGAUGAAAAUACGAACAAAAGCACCAAAUUUUGCUUUAACGAAAGAACUAAAAUACGAACAAAAGCACCAAAUUUUGCUUUAACGAAAGAACUAAAUUAAAAUACAAACAAAAACACCAAAUUUUGCUUUAAUGAAGAACUAAAUUAAAAUACGAACAAAAGCACCAAAUGUUGCUUUAACGAAAGAACUAAAUUAAAAUACGAACAAGAGCACCAAAUUUUGCUUUAACGAAAGAACUAAAUUAAAAUACAAACAAAAGCACCAAAUUUUGCUUUAACGAAAGAACUAAAUUAAAACACGAACAAAAGCACCAAAUUUUGCUUUAACGAAAGAACUAAAUUAAAAUACGAACAAAAGCACCAAACUUUGCUUUAACGAAAGAACUAAAUUAAAAUACGAACAAAAGCACCAAAUUUUGGUUGAAAGUAUGGCAGCACUGGGCUUUGGCGAGAGAAUACGAUGUUAACAUUGCCAAGUAUCCAAUUUUGUCAUGCUAAUAAUUAAACAAUUAAGUAAUCAUACGUUGUUGCUCCUACAAUUAGGGAUUAACAUAGCCUACGGUGUAGACCCCAGCAGAAAUUCGUUUCAUGAGGGGUCUACGAAUAAACGAAGAAAAGGUUGCCCGGUCUACGUCAUGUUAGUUUUACGUUUUGAGUAAAUUAACUUCAAGUUAUUCAAAUUUAUAACGUGCGAGCGCCUUAUAUUAAAAUGUUUCAUGGACCAUUGUUGGCUUUGCGUAAUACAAAUGUGUUCUUUGCUUCAAAGUCCCAUCGAAUAAAAGCGAUAUUAAUUUCUUGGACAGCAAGGAGAACAUACGUACGGAGUUAGACAACCUUUCCUUCUCCAUUUUACCUGCAAAUAGCAUUUGUAAAGCCUGUCUGGCGUUACUAAACAAACGGAGAAGCUUCAAAAAAAGCUUCAAAUAUAUAUAUAUAUAUAUAUUUAUUAUAUACACAAGGUCUGGAUAUGAGGUGUCCUGCAAUCUGAUUGGUUCUCUACCAGCAGGAUAUUAGCUCAUAUCCUGCUAGUAGAGAAAAACAAAAUGGCGGCCAAACUGAAUUUACGAUGUUUUGCAAACGAGAAAACGGCAAGUUGUCGCUUUUUAUAGCCUUCACAGGAUUAAAAACACAAUGAAAAAACUCCCACAAUUUGUUUUCAGGUUAGCAAAUAAAUUUUUAAAAUUUAAAAUUGUUAAAAAUAUAUAUUUUUGAAAAAAUAAUCGGCCGAAAGAGCGAAGAUAAAAACAUAAACAAAAUAGAAAAAUAUUGAAAAUAUCCGAAUUCAGAUUUCAAAUAUCUGAAUUCAGACCUUGUGUAUAUAAUAAAACAGUUAUUCCACUCACUCUCGUCGAAUAUGAGCGAUAGCCGAUUCGGCGCUACCCGCCUCAUCGGCUAUCAGCUCAUAUUCGACUCGAGUAAUAACUGUUAAAUAUCCGGUAUUAGAACAAUAACCUUCGUUGUGGCCAAUCAGAUGCCAGUUUGAUAUGGAUUUGGCCAGAGCCCCUCGUCGCGCUCCGUUUACCGCGCGUAAGAAGGACUCUGGGUACAAGAAUGGGCUAGCGCCUUAACCGACUCUUACGCUUUUUCAUGAUCUUCCAACUUCCCGCGUGCUCAGUAACUCGAUUGAGCACACCAAAUCAUGAAAAAAUUCUUAAAUAUGGACCUCACCAUCAAUAAAACGAUACACUAAUUUGUGAAUACUAUAGUUCAUUCUGGCUCAUACCAAUCAACGGAAAGUUUAAAAAAGCUUGAAAAAGCGAACACAUUUGGAUGAUGUCAGCUUAAUAGGGGUUCGACUGCAGUAUUAAUCGGGCCACUGUAAAGAAACAAAUUGUUUCCUUGAAAACCAUAAUGUUUUCCAACAAAUCUUGUAAUUUUUGUUGCUGCAACAAUAUUUCCUAGUUUGCGGAAUGCGCUCAAAAAGAUCAUCCAUUUUGUAAACACAAAACUGGUCUUCGUACAACCCGCCCCAAUAUUCUCAUAGUUAUUUGAUGUUAUUAUUAUUAAAACUUUAAAGAGGGAAACAGGUGGUUCUGCUUAAGAACUGAUAUGUCUGCCCCUCAUGUUACAAUCAUUUCAUGUCUCUUCCGUUCCCACUAUUUUCAGCGAUUCAACGGAGAAGUUUACCCCAAGUUCCAACGGAUACAGUAGGCGUAAGGUCUCGUGCUGCUAAAUCAGAUGAAGGAAUCGGCAACAGAACACAACUUAAAGGAAAAAGCAAGGCCCAAAACCUUCAACAACCACAAGGAAAUGUUGUUGCUCGACGCUCGAAACUCACCACACCGUCUUUAAAUUCGCCCAAGGGUGUGGUUGCAAGGUGAAUAUGUUUUCGUUGUGUUGUUGUGUGAAUAUCACGUAUUGAUUGAUUAGAAACCUACUCUAUAUGACCGUCUUUGUGAACACUGCAUGUGGGAUUGGACGAGGGGGGAACUACGGCCUCAUUAAUUUCGAAGAGGCUUGAAUGAUUUCAAAGAUAAUUGAUCAACUUUGUGACUAAGCUUAAACAGGCGGUACAUUUUGAAGACACUAUAUUCACAAGAUAUCAUGCACUUAGUUAAUAUUUAACAUCGUUCUGGUUUGCUUUUAAAUGAAUAUAGAUUUUAAAUUAAUAUAGAAUGUGCUUUUAAAUUAAUAUAGAUUAGAGUUUCAAUUUAGAAGAUGUUGUUUACACCAGAGGGUCCUCACAUAGGACAUGCACAGACUCCAUCUUUGACACUAUUUUACAACCAGGACAGCUUGAAAUUUCCACAAAAACACUUUGUUUUUCUCUUACAGGCGGAAAGCACCAUCACCAAACCCUAACGAUGGUAAUUUAGAUGACAGCUGGAAGGAAGGAUGUUACUAA